GUGGACCAAUCGGGUAGUGACAGCGAGGAAAUGAAAAAUAAGAGAAGUGAAACGCAGCCCAGGAAACAGUUUGUUAUUCUCCCUCACUGCAGAGAGAGAGACGGACUGAAAAACAGACGAUCACAUUCACCUUCAGACCAAACUAACAACUUCGGCUGAGUUCAGCUACAGGAGAGAAAAGUGGAAACUACAACGCUGCUGCUUCAACCUGCUGACCCUCCCCACCUGAAGCUUCACUCAGAGACAACAUGGCGUCCAGGUUAGAGGAAGAGGCUCUCUGCAGUCUGCACUCUGAGAAACUCAGACUCUUCUGUCUGGACCAUCAGCAGCCAGUGUGUCUCGUCUGCAGAGAUUCAAAAACACACACCAACCACAGAUUCAGACCCAUCGAUGAAGCUGCUCAGGAUCUCAGAGAGGAGCUCCAGAAGUCUCUGCAGCCCUUUCAGGAGAAACUGAAGCUCUUUGAAGAAGUUAAAGUGGAGUUUGAUCAAACAGCAGGACACCUGAAGGUCCAGGCUCAACACACAGAGACGCAGAUCAAGGAGCAGUUUAAGAAGCUUCACCAGUUUCUAGAAGAGGAAGAGGAGGCCAGGAUGGCUGCACUGAGGGAGGAAGAUGAGCAGAAGAGGAAGAUGAUGGAGGAGAAGAUGGAGGCUGUGAGCAGAGAGAUAGCAGCUCUUUCACACACAGUCAGAGCCACAGAGGAGGAGCUGAGAGCUGAAGACGUCUCCUUCCUGCACAACUACAAGGCUGCAGUGGAGAGGCUGCAGCGCCCCCUGCUGGAGGAUCCACAGUUGCCCUCAGGAGCUCUGAUAGACCAGGCCAAACACCUGGGCAACCUCAGCUUCAACAUCUGGAGCAAGAUGAAGGACAUGGUGUCCUACUCGCCUCUCAUCCUGGACCCAAACACUGCUCAUCCAAGACUCAUCCUGUCUGAAGAUCUGACCAGAGUGAGAGCAGGAGGACAGGAGGAAGAAGAGCAAGAAGAGGAAGAGGAGGAAGAGGAGGAAGAGGAGGAACAGGAACUUCCUGAUAAUCCAGAGAGGUUUGAUCAUUACCCCUUAGUCCUGGGCUCUGAGGGCUUUAACUCAGGGACUCACAGCUGGGAUGUCCAGGUUACAGACAGUACAGUCUGGACACUGGGUGUGUUAGCAGAGUCUCUCCAGAGGAAGGGAGACACAGAGCCUGGAUUCUGGGGAAUACGUUUCUAUAAAGGUAAAUACUCAGCAUUGUCACCAUCAGCUCCAUCCACUCCUCUCAGCCUGAAGAAGAAGCUCCAGAGGGUCAGAGUGGAUCUGGACUGGAACAGAGGAAAGUUGUCGUUCUCUGACCCUGACACUAACACACACAUACACACCUUCACACACACUUUCACUGAGAAGAUGUUUCCAUACAUUAACACUGUGGAGGAAGUGAAGAUAUUACCGCUGAAGGUGUGUGUGACAGUGGAUCAGAGCAGGUAGAGAUACACAGGAUCAUUAUAUCUGUGAUGAUCAUCUCUUAAAGGGAUCAUUCACUGACCUCUGAACCUGUCCUCCUGCUGUCUCUUUAUUCUAAACAUGUUUUUAUUCUUGUUGUUAUUGAUUUUGAUAAUCUGCUUUUUGAUCAUACUGUCAACCUUUAUUAAAUUGAAACACGUGCAUUUAGCAGACACUUUUAUCCAAGUAACAUCAUGUUCAUCAAAUACGCUGAACUGCUUCCUUUAGAGGAAAUAAGAGAUAUAUAUUCUUUACAUUUGAAAUGAUCUCACCCAGAUUCAGAUCUUUAUGUCAGGUUAUAGUUUAACCUUCUCUGUUUUAUUGAAACUAUGUCGUUAUAAAUUGUUCAUUUGUGAUUUGUGCUUGAUGGGAAAAUAAAUAAAAAAUAUGUUUAAUCCAA